UUUUUUUUUUUACAACGGCCCGCGUUCAUAAAAUUGAAAAGACGGGAGAACAAUAUGCGACAUACGAAAGCGCGGUGAACGGUAGAUUGCGUCGCUUUCAGGACAAUGACGGAAACCCUUGUGGCAAAACCCUUAUCUGUACAGCUGGAUUCUUAUGUAUCCAGUUCAUCUUUGGGCACAGAAAUCUUCCUUCGGAGCGCGUUUUUAUUUAGUGUGUUUGCGUAUAUAUGUGUAUGUGGCAUUCUCUAACGCUCUUUUUCUUCUUUUUGAAAGGGUAGGGUAGGAGAUAGAAAAUACACAUGUAUGUAUUUCACGAAGCGUGUCCUUCUUCUCAGGGCGUCUCAAGCCGUGACGUCGUAAACUUGUAGGGGAACAAACAAAAAAAUUGAAACAUUUUUAAACGGAGAGUCAAGCAAAAGCAGUCGGUCGCCUCGCCCAACAAAUACAUAAGACUUCUAGAUCUGCAUGAAGACUCGUGUGUCGUUCACAAGGGAAACUUUCCAAACCUCCAGGCAGGAGGGGCACCCACCCACCACACGACAGAGCCGAGUGAUCGUCAGUCAAUCCAUCCAUCCGUUGAUAAUUCGCCCAACAACAAGUGCGUGAUUGAUUCCACGGGCAUCCAGAUCAACAGGAGCUGUGCUGUUCUUUCUUCACGGAGACCCUUCCCCCAUCGCUAGAUUACCUACCUGCUGCAUGAUUCGGGAGUUCUGAGGUUCAAUUCCUGUUCGUGUACGUGCGACUAUAAUUGUGAGUAGUUUACUUUGAAGCUACCUUUAUUAAUUUGUCUUAAGACAUAACGCUCUGACGUUUUAAAGAUUCCACGGACAUCUAGAUCAGUGGCUGUUCUUUCACUGAGACCCCCCCCCCUCCCCCCCUCUACCCAUGCUAAAUCAUCGACGGCUGUGAACUCUUUUGGGAGGAAGAAAAACAAAACAAACAAACAGCAGAAACAAAACAACUUCAUGUGCCUGCUACAGGUUUCGUAGACAGCCUGCAUCGUGAUUCUAUAAGCGUGAUGUUCAAGUUCGUGUCCUAAUUAUUCGAUUACAACGACUUUUUACGUGAGGUGAACUCACUUUCGGUUGUGAGAUCGAGUGUAUCGAUGAUACCAACAGUGUUUGAUCUCGUGAAAAAUAAAAACAACGAACCAAUUGAGAGGCGUGGAACCGUGGAGAAGCACCACAGACAGAAGCACCACUGUUGAUGACCGCCUCUACCAGACUGAAGAAAAUGCUCCGCUGAUCCGAGUCGAGGCAUACAAGCCAACGAAAGGGUCCACUGACCGAAGUUCUCCCAGCUCUAUCAUUGGUCCCCCCCCCAACAGACAAACAGCUUUAAAAGCCCUAUAUUCUCCACAAUGGAAGCCUUUGCUAUCAACCAAUCACCAGCAAAUGCAAGCUUCCACCAAACAUCGGCAAUAGCCAAUCAACAAGCUCGUAACAUGAUGACAACAAAUUACGCCCAUGCCGUCCCCACCGCUGUCAUAUCUCCGCCUCAGGGGGCGUUGGCCUUUACUCAAGUCCCGCCCACUCAGAACGUGUCACCCUGUGCCGCUCUGCCAGCCCCGCCUUUGGACACGCCCCCUUCCAGUCAAAACAGGGCACAAGCAUUGGCAGCAGUCACAACCACGUCUGAAUCGACCAAUCAGAUCUCCCAAUCCCAACAACAGCGCAGCAUACAGCAGGCUCCCCUUGCCUUUUCUCACACUGCCGUCAAUCAGGGAAUGAAGCCCCUCCCACCUGCAAUACUGCCCCGCCCACUGGCUCCAGCAGCUAUUGACAGUAGAGAUGGUAACCUUUCUACACUUCGCCAGACUCGCAGUAUGCAAAUGACAACAGUGAACCUCAACCCUGGAUGCAUGUAUGGGAAAGUGAACAUACCUUUCCCAAUGUCUCAGCUGUCGACGGGCAGCUCGGCCAGUGCGCCGCUGUCUCAGGAUACAUUUCAGCAGUUGUGGACUUAUCUCAAGGGCUUUGAUUCAAAUGAUUUCGCCCAUGUUCAGACAAGGGAUGAAUUCAAGUUUGCUGAGGAUGAUGAAGAGGAAAGCACAAUGCUGGAAGUGGAGAAGUUCCAGAUUAAAGGGAACUCGGAUCCUCUAGACUUU